GAGAGAGAGAGAGAGAGAGAGAGAGAGGAGGUUUGGAUUUGUGUCUGAGCAGACCUCCUCUGAUCUGACCUUCGUACAUGUUGUUCAAGUUUUACGACUUUCCUCUCUGUGUAAACUUUUUCACCUUGUCUCCGGACUCCAUCGGGAAGUUUCGGGCUGCUGCGUGAGUGUCUGCGGGAGGAUCGGCCGCUCUGUGCGCUUCAGGAAUGCACUUUGCAGGAAACACAGCUCGGUGCUCGGACACCUCCUGCUUUGCUUCUUUCUCUUUUUCUUAACGAGGGAUUAUAAAUGAAUGAAGGAAAUGCACUCGUGAAGGAGAGCUCGUUUUCUUCAGUCUGGUUCCCCCCUCCUCAGUCCGCCGGGCCGCUGCCGGGCUGAGGUCACAGGAGCCCGGAGUGAGCGCUCAGCGGCUGGGCAUGGAGAGCGGCGGCCGGGCGGGGCUCCAGCGUGCGGCGGGCGGAGGAGAAGGAGGAGGAGGCGGCUGGGUGCUGGUGGAGGCCCGGCUACAGGGAGGAGCACCGUGGGGCUUCACCCUGCAGGGCGGCCUGGAGCACGAAGAACCGCUCAUCAUCUCCAAGGUGGAGGAGGGCGGUAAGGCAGACAGUUUGGAGCAGCCUCUGUUAGUCGGGGAUGAGAUUAUCAUCAUUAACGACGUGGAGCUGAGCGGAUACAGACAGGAGGCCAUCGCUCUCGUCAAAGGAUCGUACAAGACUCUGCAGCUUACAGUCCGCAGGGAGUUUGAUCCAGGAUACAUUGAGGAGUUUGGUACUUCGCGUCACUCCCUUUCUGCUCUUCCUCCUCCUUCUCCUCCUCCUCCUCUAUCGCCAAUACCAUCACAACAACAUCAAACACCACCAUCAUCCCACAGCAGACCAUGUUCAGCAAGUGGAGUCCAACUACGCAUCAAGAACAGACGUACUGAGCCGGCGUCUCGUCCUCACUCGUGGCAUUCCACGAAGCUUGGCGAAGGUCAGCAGGAAGUGGACCUGGAAGGGAUGGACGCGAUGAGCAGUGCCUGGCAUCAUGGCUACCAGCCCAGUGCCUCAACCACCGACCUGUCCAGUGGUUUUGACUCUGGCGGCCCCUACUUGAGGAAGAGUCCAGACCAAUACAGCUCGAGGGGCAGCAUGGAGAGCCUGGAUCCUCCUCUGUCCUCCCAGCAUCACUCUGGAGUUCAGCACCACCACUCACUGGGCCAUCACACCCACAGUGAACCCCACCCGACCUACUCCUCCUGCCACCAGCUAUCUUCUGCCAGGUCCUCCAACAGCAUCGACCACUUCCACAGCAAACGAGACUCUGCCUAUUCUUCCUUCUCCACCAGUUCCAGUAUCCCAGAGUACCUUGCAUCCACCCCCUCCUUCAGCCCAGAGCGCUCCUAUUCAUUAGAGACCGUCCCUCAGAGAGGGGGAGGAAGUGGAGAGAUGCAGCAGGCUGACAUACGUUACGUCCGGACGGUUUACGACACCCAGCAGGGCCUGUCUCAAGAGCAUGAGCUGAGCUCCACCUCGGCCGCACUGCUGCGCAACAGCAAUUCCAAAGGUGUGGUAGGGUCAAGAUCAGGCCUAAGCCGAGAUCUGCAAGGCGGGGUCUGUUACAGUGGCAGCAGCAGCGGUAGCAGCAGUGGCGGCAGCAGCAGCGGUGGUGUGCCGGCUUCCAACAGACACAGUGUAGGCCCAAUAUGGGGCCCGGCAACCAGCCACAAUUCCUAUGAGAGCCUGAAGGGAGCACCAGCUCCACCAAGGCGCAGUGACAGCUACACAGCCAUCAGGAACCACGAGAGGCCAAACUCCUGGUCCAGUCUGGAACAUGGCCGGUCACUACGGUCUUUGCAGAAAGGUUCCUGGCAUCACUCCAGUGGUCCUGUGGCCUCGGGUGCAGGUAAAGGCUCGUACAGCGCUGAGGGUCAGCUCCACACAGUCAUAGAGAAGAGUCCAGAGAGCAGCCCCACGACAAAGCCACGGCAGGGUGGAGGCUUCCCCCAGCCCCCUCUCCCUACCGAACCCCCCUGCGGACCUCCAGGCUCAAACCGCCAAUCCGGCCGGUUCAUUCUGCCCACGGGCAUUUACCCCGUCCCCCAGCCUGAGCCCCACUUUGCACAGAUACCUAGCAGCAACCCCGGGGCAGGUUUCUCCGGGGUCUACCCCGCCCUGGCCAAGGAGAGCAGCCGACAGCAACACCAGGGGCAGCCGGGAGUUGGGGGGAGAGAGGAAGAAGCAACAGAUGGGCUGAAGGAUGGAAGAAUGUCAGCUACAGAAAAUGGAUACCAAAAUAACACCUUACUUUCUUCAUCAUGUUCCUAUCCAUCUUCUACAACACCUGCCUCUAUGCAACUCAGAACUCAAGCACAGGAGGCAGACAGGCCUCACCAAGAUGACCUUCUUUACAGAUCCCACCUGAAACCUGCUGAAGGAGGAUCAGAGGGCCAUACCGGAGCCCAAAGGACCCCAAACCGCCAAGGACGUCACAGUCAGAGCUUACAUGACUCUCAUAGUCAUACAAGCCAGGGACCUCACAGCCAAGUGUUCCAGGAACAGAUCCAGGAUCCCCACAUCCAGUUGACACCUGCAGUCAGGCCUCCAUCCUCACAAGAGUUCAGGGACCCCUACACACCUGUUCAGUCCAGAGGAGACAGGCACAGAUCAAUGGAUCAGACCAGCAUUCAUUCUGAGCCACUGGUGUCCUCCAGGCACGCCCAGGGUCAGGUGCCAACUACUCACCAACCUCUUCAACCUCAGCCUCAACCUCAGGCUCCACCCACCUCCACCUCCCAUCCAUUUCCCCGUCACCUCAGUGACUCAGCAGCUCUGCAGUACCAGAGAGAGCGGGACAAAGACAGUGAACACCCGCUGACCCGUCUGGAGAAUGCCCUUGCCGAGGUCCAGCGAUGUGCGACCCCCGAGAGCGUUGUCUCUACUAGUAGCCACGGCAACAGUAACUUUGGUGAUAGCAGCCAGGGACCUACUCGCAGCCUCUCCGUCCUGGAGAAGGUCAGCCGUUUCGAGCGACGGGAACAUGCUGGAAAGCAGCGCAGUCACAGCACCGCCAACCCACCCAACAAAGCUUCAUUUAGGAAGACUGAGAAAGGCCGCGGUGCUUCCUGUGGAGCAGAUGACCUGAGAAACAUGCUGGAGAGAAGCACCAACGGAACCAAAGCCCACAGGACUAUGAGCUACAGAGGAGGCAGCAGCGAACACAUGAAAUACAGGACCCCAGCAGAUCCCAGUUCAGCUCUCCAGAGGAGUCGUAGCAGCUACCAUCUGGAAGAAUCCAGGGAAGAUGACAGCAGCAAAGAAUUCCCCUUGAGACAGGACAUUCAAAAGAUGCUGGGCUCCAUGCAGGACAUGUCCUUUAACAGAUCUUACAGGGAUUCUUUGAAAGAUGCCCAGUCUAAGGUCCUGAGGUCCACCUCUUUCAGACGGAGAGACCUCAAUUCAUCAGGCAGCCCUCCGCCUCCUGCAGCUCCUCCUUCCGUCUGCUCAUCCAGCAGUCAUCAGCCUCCAGCCGUACCCACCAAGUACCACAGUUUAGAGAAAAAAGGCCCAAAAACCAUGCCCAAACCACAGGGCAUCCACAUCACGCCACAGUCGCCACCACCAGUCACUUCUCCUCACACUCCAAAGGAGAGGCACGCAGUCGGCCCAGAGACUCGAGGUCCGAGCCCCCCGGCCCUUCCUAGCGUCCCACCGGUUGGACCUCCUGCUCUGAUGCGGAUCUGCGGCCGCAAACGUCUGGCAGCGGAUCAGAAGAAACGCUCGUACUCAGAGCCAGAGAACAUGAACGAGGUUGGCGUGUCGGAUCCUGAGACUGUUGCCCUCUUCAGGCGUGGAGGAGAGACCAGCGUGGCAGACCGGCGAAAGAUGUUUGAGCUUGCGGCGAGUCGUGUUGGGGAGGGUGCUCUGCAAAAUGCCACAUCAAAGCCUGACUUACGGCAGAUUCAGCAUGAUGCUUUGGCCGAGUAUGUGGAGAGGAAGAGAAGUGUGAAAAGAGACGACGGAGGACAUAGGAGUGGAUCAAGGCCUCGCAGUGCUUAUUCACAGCCUGAAAACAGCAACCAUACAGUCUCUUACUGCCACUCAGACACCGUCAGCCUCGCCUCCACCUCCAGCCUGCUCUCCCUCCAGGACUCUGCUGCAGACCGAAGCUUCUCCUCUGUAGAGAGGCGAAGCUGUUUUACUCUCCCUCCUGAAUCUGAUCUAUGGAGCCUCCAGUCCAACCUCUUCUACCCAGGCAGGGUAACCACUCCGAGGCCUCCAGUGCAAACACAGUCAAGCCUUAGCACUCCUUCUGGCUCUGACCAGCUCCUCCAGGAUCACAUGCCUGAAGCAGGGCUCAGCAGACUGAGUCAGUCGUCCAGCAGAGACCCAGGCCUGGACCACCAGCAGUGGGCCGUAGAGCCUCAAACCAACCUGGAACUAUCCAAGCAGCUCAACAGCGCUCUACAGAGGGCCGGGUCAGCUCGGAGCUCGGGGAAGUCUGCUUCUGCUGAGAAUCUCCUGGAGACAAAUGAGGAGAGACAAACCACUCCUCAACACUACCGCUCCCGCUCCUCCUCCACAGGAGAGAGACUGAACCAGGACUUCCCAACAGGUGACAUCCAGAUGUUUGGCGCUGUCAUCUCUGAACCUGGACGCCACUCUGUAGCUGAGGAAAGACCUGUAGACAUCCAGGCAUCAGGAGGACAUAGCUCUCAUCAACACUCCCAGAAUAUUCUGAACAUCGUCCAGCCUGCAGGGCCUUCGCAAGAUCCCGGCCCCCCCCCCACGCCUGUCACUCGUAGGGAGCGGCAGCGGAACGGUGAGCGGCUGCGAGCCAACAGCACCUCCACUUUGGCGGCCUCUGUCGGCCUGCCCUGCCCCUUCUCUCCAUCCAGGACACAGGACAGGGGCAGCAUUGAGUGGCACGCCAGCGAGAGGCUGAGCCAGGCCAAUUUGGAUGCCAUCACCUUCCCAGGCAUCCCGCAAACUGGCACGGGCGACGGCGUUGGUGAAACCUCGCCGAUGGACACGCAGACAAGACACAGCAUGAGUGACGCCAGCAUAUUAGAAGAUACUGCAAAGGACACAUAUAGAGAGAGAGCCUUCAGUCUAGAGAUGAGGGGAGAGCAUUCAGCAGAAAUCAACACAAGAGUUCCACCAACAGCCCAGCCCCAUUUCCAGUUUGCAGCCCCAUCAAACGGAAGGGACAGCGGGAGCACCGCAUCCUCUCCCUUAUUGGAUCCGUCCAUGUACCGCCACCUGUCCUCACUGCGGAUCUCUGAGUCCAGCCUUAUUAGCCCAAUCGACCACAAGAAACCACUAGAAACAGACGAGUUGCACGAUGAGGUCUUCCUCCAAAAUCCUGCCCCUCCGUCACCUCCUCCACCUCCGCCACCACCACCACCCCCAGCAAUGAAAGAGACAAGCAUCUUCAUUGACGACUUCCCUCCUCCACCUCCUCCCCUCGAGUUGGAGCCAGAAGCUGGACACAAGACUAUGGAAAGGAAAUCAUCCCUUCGCCUCCCUUCUCCACCUGUGUCGGGCAUCCUUCCAUCCCUGAAGCCGCAUCCCUCCACCGUCACCUCCAUCAACACAUCUACCACGACUGAGAGCAGCCUCGGUCUUGACUACCAACCCCUGCCCAAGAGGGAAAAGACAUCUGAGGAGCUGCGAGUGGAGGCGCUAGCCAAGCAGCUGGUGAUACAGGACAGCUCUCUGGCGCCGUUCUUGGACACGUGGCGGGGUAAAUCCACAGUAGAGCUGAUGCAGGAAAUCUUUCCAAACAGUAAACUGGUUGGUAAAUCGCCAUGGCAGCGUAGGGGUAGCAGCCGAUUGGAUGACAGGAUCCAAGAUGGUGUCUGUGAUCCUGCUCAGAGCACAGUGAUGGAUGAAGGGAAGGAAACUGAUCUGGAUGAGGAUGAGAAAGACCUCAACACCAAGAAGGUGGAGCUGUGUGAGGCUCUGAGGUGUAGUGUGGCGGCCCUGCGGCAGGAGAAGGAGGCUCUGUGUGAGGAGCAGAGAUGUCACCAGGAGCUGGGGACGAGCAUCGAAACACUGGUGCAGGAACAGCUCAAAACCAACGAGAGGGACAAGUACAGCAUGUUCAUCGGAGACCUGGAGAGGAUCGUGAACCUGCUGCUGUCUCUGUGCAGCCGCAUGUCGAGGAUCGACAGAUCUCUGCUUGCUCUGGAGAGAGAGGAGCUGACGCAGGAGGAUAAAGCAGAGGAGAAGGAAUCUCUCCAUCACAAACGCUCUCUGCUACUCAGUCAAACUGAAGACGCCUGGGAGCUAAAGGAGAACUUGGACCGGCGGCAGCGCGUGGUCCACGGCAUCCUGUCCGGCUACCUCACCGAACCACAGCUCCAGGACUACCGGCGCUUUGUCAGCACCAAACCUUCUCUCCUGAUUCGCCAGCGGCACCUCGACGACCUCAUACGGCAGGGAGAGGAGCAGCUGACGCGAUUGGCCGAGAGCCUGCCACAGGAGGUGGCGGAGGCUUGCGGCUGGCCGAGAGCAUGUCCGUUCUUACCAUCCAACCCUGCCCCCUGCUCUGCUCCUUCUUCUUCUUUUCCACCGCUGCUUCCACCCUCUGUUAUUCCAGGACCCACCCACUCAGUCAGGUCAACAACUGUGACAUCACUGGUCACCUCCAUCAACACAUCUACCACGACUGAGAGCAGCCUCGGUCUUGACUACCAACCCCUGCCCAAGAGGGAAAAGACAUCUGAGGAGCUGCGAGUGGAGGCGCUAGCCAAGCAGCUGGUGAUACAGGACAGCUCUCUGGCGCCGUUCUUGGACACGUGGCGGGGUAAAUCCACAGUAGAGCUGAUGCAGGAAAUCUUUCCAAACAGUAAACUGGUUGGUAAAUCGCCAUGGCAGCGUAGGGGUAGCAGCCGAUUGGAUGACAGGAUCCAAGAUGGUGUCUGUGAUCCUGCUCAGAGCACAGUGAUGGAUGAAGGGAAGGAAACUGAUCUGGAUGAGGAUGAGAAAGACCUCAACACCAAGAAGGUGGAGCUGUGUGAGGCUCUGAGGUGUAGUGUGGCGGCCCUGCGGCAGGAGAAGGAGGCUCUGUGUGAGGAGCAGAGAUGUCACCAGGAGCUGGGGACGAGCAUCGAAACACUGGUGCAGGAACAGCUCAAAACCAACGAGAGGGACAAGUACAGCAUGUUCAUCGGAGACCUGGAGAGGAUCGUGAACCUGCUGCUGUCUCUGUGCAGCCGCAUGUCGAGGAUCGACAGAUCUCUGCUUGCUCUGGAGAGAGAGGAGCUGACGCAGGAGGAUAAAGCAGAGGAGAAGGAAUCUCUCCAUCACAAACGCUCUCUGCUACUCAGUCAAACUGAAGACGCCUGGGAGCUAAAGGAGAACUUGGACCGGCGGCAGCGCGUGGUCCACGGCAUCCUGUCCGGCUACCUCACCGAACCACAGCUCCAGGACUACCGGCGCUUUGUCAGCACCAAACCUUCUCUCCUGAUUCGCCAGCGGCACCUCGACGACCUCAUACGGCAGGGAGAGGAGCAGCUGACGCGAUUGGCCGAGAGCCUGCCACAGGAGGUGGCGGAGGCUUGCGGCUGGCCGAGAGCAUGUCCGUUCUUACCAUCCAACCCUGCCCCCUGUCUGCUCCUUCUUCUUCUUUUCCACCGCUGCUUCCACCCUCUGUUAUUUCAGGACCCCACCACUCAGUCAGUCACAACUGUGACAUCACUGUGA